GGUGUUCGCCGUAGGCUGAAGGCGAGUUUCUCCGGUAGUUUGUUCGCCCUGGCGUCUGACUUUCCAAUGCUGAGACCAGAAGUCCUCAGGUUUGCUAUCCUCAGUCCGGGGGGACUUUGAGACGACGCGUAGUUUCAAGGGUGACCUGGGCUGAGGCCAGGAAUGACUCUACUCCCCUGUGAGGGCUGAACUGAAAAAGGAUCAAAGGCGUCUAAAACGUCUUUGGAGCCCCCUCUGAAUACAUCUGAUGGUGUAUACGCAGCUAACAGACAUUGGGCGCAACAGAACUAAUCGACUGUGUGAUCGGUUAUGCCAUUAAAUUCUUUCUAGAAGCUGAAGCAUCAUCCUUUGGUAAAAAAACGGUGUGCAUAGAAAAAGAGGAUGGCCUUUCAAUUCAAUUUCAGCAUAGAAGAAGAUCUGGAAAAUAAAUUAACAUCCCUCGAUGAUGGAACUUGUGUCUUAGAAAGUCAGAAAGGAAAGCAGGACAAAAGGCAAUCUACAGAACGUCCGGGCUUGCCUCGGGAUCACUCUUGGAAAUGCUCCUCACUGGGAAAUGCAGCUUCCUCUGAAGACACUGGCAGCCCACCCCCUAUUGCUGACAGGUCAGAUGACCCAGAAGCUUGUAAACACCAGCCCUCCUGGAAACCUGCUAAAGAACAUGUGAUGCCUAAAGAUGUGAAUCACGUCUUAGAAAAUACGGUUUUGGAAAUGUUGCCAGGUCCCCAGCAUGCUAACACAGCAGUAGUGAAAACCGUCUCUUUGAAAGAGAAAUUCCCUGGAGAAAACAUCGUUUCAAAGAGCUUUUCUUCUCAUUCUGAUCUGAUCCCAGGUGUUUAUGAAGGAGGCUUGAAAAUCUGGGAAUGCACCUUUGACCUCUUGACUUACUUCACAAAAGCCAAAGUGAAAUUUGCUGGGCAGAAAGUGUUAGACCUUGGCUGUGGGUCUGGGCUGCUUGGGAUAACUGCAUCCAAAGGAGGGGCUAGGGAAGUUCAUUUUCAAGAUUACAACGGUUUGGUGAUCGAUGAGGUGACCUUACCUAAUGUAGUUGCUAAUGUCCCUUUGCAAGAUGACAGCAAUGGCAAAAAUGAGCCAGAUGGGAAAAGACAAAGGAAGUCAGAAGUAGGCCGAGAAAUCUGUAAAUGUCGCUUGUUCUCUGGGGAGUGGGCUGAGUUUUGCAAGCUUGUAUUACGUGAAAAACUGUUUGUGAAAUAUGACCUCAUUCUCACUUCAGAAACCAUUUAUAAUCCGGAUUAUUACAGCACUUUGCAUGAAACAUUCCUCAGGCUAUUAAGUAGGAGUGGCCGGGUGCUUCUGGCCAGCAAAGCACAUUAUUUUGGUGUUGGUGGUGGCGUUCAUCUCUUCCAGAAGUUUGUAGAAGAAAAGGGUGUAUUUGAGACUCGAACACUUGAAGUAAUUGAUGAAGGUCUAAAGAGAUUUCUAAUGGAGAUGACUUUUAAGCACCCCAGUUAAUAUGCACCGAAUGGCGUAAUGAAAUAAAAAGAAUACCCCAGAA